GGAGUUCCAGUUUGAAAAGAGUUUGUAUAUGUGAAAGCUAUUCUGUCUGCAUCAUGGACAUGCUUGAAUGGACCUACAUGAGUUUUGUACAUAAACUGGAGAAGUUAUUAUCUCCAUUUCUCUCUAUCUCAGGCUCCACAUCUCUUCCAUCCGACACGUUCAUUGUAUUGAUGAUUCUGUUUGGUAUAGCGGUUGGAGUGGCCACUUUAACUCUGUUAAUGUGCGUUUGGAACAGCAUGGACCCAGGACAGAACCGCAUAUGUAUAGUGGUGAUGGGAGACAUAGGUCGGAGCCCUAGGAUGCAAUACCAUGCCCUUUCAUUUGCCAAAGAAAAAUUCCAUGUUGAUUUCAUAGGAUUUGGGGACUUGCCAAAUCUGUUGAACUAUAUGUUUAAAGUACUAUGGCAGUCUGUAGUGCUGUGUUUAACAGUGUUGAUGACAAAGAAAUCUUCACAUAUUUUACUUCAGAAUCCUCCAGCUAUUCCUACUCUGGCAGUGUUGUGGGUGGUUUGUCUGUACAGGGACAGUAGGCUAAUAGUGGAUUGGCACAACUAUGGCUACACCAUUCUUGGGCUUACUUUAGGAAGCAGGCAUCCUUUGGUGAGAUUUUCAAAGUGGUAUGAGGGUUUCUUUGGACGUCUAGCAGAUGGCAACAUAUGUGUAACUCAAGCAAUGAGGGAAGAUCUGGCAGAGAAAUGGAAUAUUAGAGCUGUAACAAUGUAUGACAGACCACCAUUGAUAUUCCAAGAAUGUGAUCAGGAAAAGAAACAUGAAUUAUUCAGCAAACUCAAGAAUGAGUAUAGCGUUUUCAAAGAUAGCAAUGGACAGUCAGUUUUUGUGGAAAAAAUGGAGACUGGAGAAAUUUUGGAAAAAGAUGACCGCCCAGCUUUGUUGGUCAGUAGCACUAGUUGGACAGAGGACGAAGACUUCUCACUUCUAUUGUCUGCCUUGGAGAAAUAUGACCAAGCAGUACAAAGUAACAGAAACCUCACGCUGCCUCAUAUUAUUUGUGCAAUUACAGGAAAGGGACCACUGAAAGAAUAUUAUCAAGGCAAGAUUGAAGAGAAGAAUCUGAAGCAUGUGAAGAUCUGCACCCCAUGGCUGGCUGCAGAAGACUAUCCAAAACUACUAGGAUCCGCUGACUUAGGUGUGUGCCUCCAUACAUCUUCCAGUGGCCUAGACCUUCCGAUGAAAGUUGUAGAUAUGUUUGGAUGUUGCUUACCUGUCUGUGCCAUUCAUUUCAAAUGUCUUCAUGAGCUGGUGAAACAUGAAGAAAAUGGAUUAAUUUUCCACAAUGAGAAGGAACUUGCUGAACAGUUGCAGGAGCUCCUUGCAGAUUUUCCAAAGACAACAAAACUAAAAAGAUUCAACAAAUGUUUAAGAGACUUUCAGAAAUUGAGGUGGAAUGAAACAUGGAAGGAGCAAGUGUGGCCUCUUUUCAGAUAGCAAAUAUCUGCUGGAUCUUUUGGAAUUGAGUAGAAAAACUGUUACUGUUCUUGCAGCUAUAUGGCUUAAUAACAUUGUUA